UUCUUCAUCUUCCUUCUCAAACUCAAAAACAUUUAAAAUCCCAAAAACAAACCUUAAACAAAAAGAGAAAAGAAAAAAAUGUCAAUUGCUACCAUUUCUACAAAUAUUCAUCAUGAAGUGUUUCGUUAUUCAAGAAAACUCCUUCUUCACUCCUCCCUCCACAAGCUCUCCUUCACCGCCGCCGCUCCCUCCGCCGUCCACGACCAAUCCGAAUUCUACUCCGGCGGAGACAGCACUACCUUCGACACCAAUGUCGUCAUGGUCCUCUCCGUCCUCCUCUGCGCCUUAAUCUGCUCCUUAGCCCUCAACUCCGUCAUCCGAUGCGCUUUGAAAUGCUCCCGUUUCCUCGUCUCCAAUGACCACCGCCGCCACCCCGCCCCCACCUCCACCGGAGUCCAUAAGAAAGCCAUCAAGAGCUUCACCGUGGUUCAAUUCUCCCCGGACCUCAACCUCCCCGGCCUCGACUCCGAGUGCGUCAUUUGCUUAUCGGAGUUCGUCACCGGCGACAAGCUCCGGCUUCUCCCGAAAUGUAACCAUGGGUUUCACGUUAAGUGUAUUGAUAAGUGGUUGAGUUCUCACUCCUCUUGCCCUAAAUGUCGGCAGUGUUUGGUUCAGACUUGUGAGAAAAUCGCCGGCGUUAUUGCCUCUGCCUCCGCCUCCUCCUCUUCCGGCCACUCUCCGUCUCCUCCUCCUCCUCCGCCGCCGUCUGUGGUUGUGAACUUAGCGCCGCUGGAACCUGAAGCUCCGGUACGGAAUUUACGGCUGUAAUAUAAUUAAUUAAUAGAGAUUAUAAUACGAAUUAGGGGAAAUUAAUUUAAAGUUUAAUUUCUUUUUUCUUUGAGAUUUAUAGUUUAAUUAAAGCUUAAUGAAAUUGUAUAUAUUUCUUCUUUAA